CACGUCCCAAUCCUCAUCAGCCGUUGAUUAAAGGCGGUGGGGGCAGGGAUCAAACGCGCCGCUUCUCCAAGUGUGUGUGAGCGGGAGAGAGAGUGUGUGUGUGUGUGAGAGAGAGGGAGAGAGAGAGAGAGUGUGUGUGUGUGUCGGCUCGGCGUUGGGUGAGCCCGCACACGGCAGAGGAGGGAACGAGCUUAGCCGAGGAAAGAGAAGAGCAGAGAAAAAUGGCCGGCGGCAGCUCCCUGGAAGCCGUGAAGAAGAAAAUCAAGUCGCUGCAGGAGCAGGCCGAUGUGGCGGAGGACCGGGCGGCGCUGCUGCAGCGGGAAGUCAACCAGGAGAGGAGCGCCAGGGAGUCCGCCGAGGGCGAUGUCGCCUCCCUGAACAGACGCAUCCAGCUGGUCGAGGAGGAGUUGGACCGUGCUCAGGAGCGUCUGGCCACAGCUCUGACCAAGCUGGAGGAGGCUGAGAAGGCUGCUGAUGAGAGCGAGAGAGGAAUGAAGGUCAUUGAGAACAGGGCGAUGAAGGACGAGGAGAAGAUGGAGCUGCAGGAGAUCCAGCUGAAGGAGGCCAAACACAUUGCUGAGGAGGCUGACCGCAAAUACGAGGAGGUGGCCCGUAAGCUGGUGAUCAUUGAGAGCGACUUGGAACGUACAGAGGAGCGUGCUGACAUGUCUGAGAGUAAAUGCUCUGAGCUUGAGGAGGAGCUGAAGACCGUGCAGAACAACCUGAAGUCCCUGGAGGCCCAGGCAGAGAAGUACUCGCAGAAGGAGGACAAGUACGAGGAGGAGAUCAAGGUUCUUACAGACAAACUGAAGGAGGCUGAGACCCGUGCUGAGUUUGCUGAGAGAUCUGUCGCCAAGCUUGAGAAGACCAUCGAUGACCUUGAGGAUAAACUCUCACAUGCUCAAGAAGAGGGCCUGAGCAUAAAGCAGAUGCUGGAUCAGACUCUAAUGGAGAUGGUUUACCUUUGACCCAGCUCUGUUCCGUCCCCCACAUUUUCCCAUCUGCUCUGAAUAUGGCUGGCUCCCGUAUAUGGCUGCUACAGAUGAUGUGGGGAGUUAUGUUUCUAUGUCUCCUCUGACCGUGUCAUCCUGAAGAUCCAAGCUCUACACAAGGUAGAACAAGCAGCAUCUUUAGCUCCUUUAAAACCACACUGUCUGUUAUACACUGUAAUCAAAGAUGAGUUACAAUUCAUUGUACAUCUUUACUAGGUUUAUAUGUAUACGUUUUGAGAAUUUGCACUUUUGGGAAGGAAAAAUGCUGCACAUAACCAUCAUGAUCAAAGCCAUAAGUUAAGCCAAGGUUACAAAAAAGGGACUUUUAUUCUGUGUACUUUUUUGUAAAGUUGCUUUUGUCGUUUUCUUCUGUAUUGUAAGCAUUUCUCCAGUGUCAGCGAUGUUGUACACUUCCAGUUUAGCAAGGAAGGAAUUCUUGGCACAGUUGCUUGGAUGUGCCAUUAUGUGCCAGCUGUGAAAGAAAUGUCAGAGCACUGUAUUCAAUCUUCUGUUCAUUUUGACAAACUGAUUUUGUCUGAUUUUUCACCUCCCAUUUUAUCUUGGAAAUGUUAAGGUCAUAAAUAAAUGGUUGAAGUAUAA